AUGGCCGAUCCCACCUCCUCCGUCGCCCCAGAAACAAAACACGACGCCGACCCCCAGGCCGACAACUCCGCCGUCAAGCCGGAAGCCAAGUCCGCCGUCUCGGUGUCCGAAACCUCCCCCAAACAGACCUGCAAGAAACAUCCCGCCAAGGAGUCGGACCGCCCCAAGAGAAAGUCCCACAAGUCCAAUAAACCCUCGUCCGUCGUCACCCCCAGUGAUGACAGCUCGUCGGCCUCCAGCUCCGAUGGAGACGUCGACAGCGUCGCCGACUCCGCCUCCGACGACGAUUCUGCCUCCGCGGAGUCCGAGUCGGAGCCGGAUCAGAAGCCCCGACGCAAGCGGGUGAAGAACCGAUCGAGACGGGCGCUGAAGAGCGGCAGGAAGAAGAAGACGCGGUCGCAUUACCAGGACGAGUCGGAUUCUGAGUCGGAGGAGGAGGAGAGUGAGGAAUCCUCGUCGUUGGAUGAGAAGGCGCUGAAGAAGCUGGUCUCUAAGCUCAAGGCCCGCAAGGCCAAGAAGGUGCGCAAGGAUGAUUCGUCCGAGGACCCGCUGGAGGAGGAGGACGAGACCGACCUGGACGACACGGCGCUGUCCUUGGCCAAGGAGAAGCUGGCAGCUUUGCGACUCAAGCAGGGAGAGAAGCGCCGGGGCAAGCACCGCGGGAAGCGGGCGUCCGACGGUCUGAAUGACGGUCAGAAGGGAGGCUCGCAACGCUCCAAAGGCCGGAAGAAGGCCGCCGCCUCGAAAAUCGCUUUCAAGCGGGUCGAUCAAUUAUGGGACAAUACAAUACACAACUUCAAGCUGACGGAGACUGUGGACGACCCCGGGGCCAACGAGUGGGACCAGUAUCUUUUUACCGUGCGCCGCAAGUUUGACUGGGACAACAAGUAUCUCGAGACGGUGGUGGAUAUCAAGAGCAAGCACCUGCGCGAUGCUCUGGCAAAGGUCAUGGACGGCGUCAAGGGAGUCAGCCUGGUGCAGGAAACUGCCGUCGUCGAUCCUAACAUGCUCUUCUUGUACCUGGAGGAGACCCGUCAGUACAUGAAGGAAUUGAAGCAGCAGGCCAAAACGGAGAAGAAGAAGGCCCGGAACGCCGCCAACCUCAAGGCGCAGCAUCUCAAAGUCUUGCUGAAGUACCUAGACACCGACUAUGCGGAGACCAAGAAGACCCUCUAUCCCCUGCUUGAAGCCAAUAUGAUCACCUUUGAGCUGCUCUGGGCCUUGUUCAAGCCGAACACCAUUGCCUACACUCCUACCUACGGGAACCAGGAUGAGCCGCGCGCCUUCAAGAUUGAAUAUGCCACCAAGGAGUCAUCGUUCAUGAAGGGCCAGUGGUACAGCAUCGAGGGCCGCUACCUGGAGUAUGACGGCAAGACCUUCGGCAUGGGCACCAUGGCGGCCGAGGUGGAGAGCUUCAAAGGCGCCCGGAAGAUCACCAGCCUGGGCUGCUACCCGCUCAAGUACCACCGUGAAGCCGACAGCGUUCAGGCCAAGCUGAUCGAACGUGGCAAGAAGUUUGUGGCUCUGCGGGGCAUGAACUACCGUUACCACAAGGGCAUGGCCUUCUACAAGAAGAAGCGCACCGUGAUCAAGGUCAAUAUCAACGGACGCGUGAUGAUCGACCCGGCAAUCCAUCGCCGCAUCAAUCCGAAUUACCCCAUCAGCACCGUCCGCCCCAAAGACCCCGACUUCCUGGAUGCCGAUGACGACGACGGCAGCGAGGGCUGCUGCUGUGCGAUGUCCGGCUCGGAGGACGAAGAGACCUACGCUCCCCGCAGGGAUUCCGAUGCUCCUCGCGUGCGCUAUAAGGUGAUCCGCGACAAGGAGGGCCGGCCGCACGUCGUUGAGGUGGAACUGGAUGAGAACGGCAACGAGAUCCAGAAAGAAGACAUGGACCAGGUUGAAGACACCGAUCGGGAAUUCACGGAAGAGGAGCUCCUUAUCGCGAGUCCCGUCGUGCUGGGUUUCGCCUUCAGCGAGAAGCUGUGGCUCGAAUUCAGCAUCUCGGGCAUCAGUGAUAUCGACUGGAACGAGGACGCCUUUGACUCGCUCGUGCUGCCGGACAACCAGAAGUCCAUCGUCAAGGCCCUGGUGGAGUCGCACACCUUCUGCGCGGCGCAGAAUAUCGACGACGUCAUUCAAGGCAAGGGCAAAGGCCUCGUCGCCGUGCUGCAUGGCCCGCCCGGCACCGGAAAGACGCUCACCGCGGAGGGCAUCGCCGAACUGCUCAAGCGACCCCUGUAUAUGGUCAGCGCCGGCGAGCUCGGCACCGAUUCCCGCACCCUAGAAGGCGAGUUGAACAAGAUCCUGGACAUCGCUCACUCCUGGGGCGCCGUUCUCCUGCUGGACGAGGCCGAUAUCUUCCUGGAGAAGCGCACGAUCCAGGACAUCCACCGCAACGCGCUCGUCAGCAUCUUCCUGCGUCUCCUCGAAUAUUUCCAGGGGAUCCUCUUCCUGACGACCAACCGCGUGGAGACCUUCGACGACGCCUUCCAGUCCCGUAUUCACGUUGCCCUGCGGUACGGUGAUCUGCCGACCAAAGCCAAGCGCAGCGUCUGGAUGAUGUUCCUCGAGCGAGUGCAGGCUAUGGAGGGCGUUACGACCGCGAAAUUUACCGAGAAGGAUUACGAUGCGCUGGCUCGUCACAAUCUGAACGGCCGUCAAAUCAAAAACUCCGUGCGCACCGCCCAGGCCCUCGCCGUCAACGAAGGCACCCCUCUCUCCAUGGAACACAUCAAGCGUGUUCUUGAAGUCGCCGAAACAUUCGACCAUGACCUCCGUGGCGGAAUGGGCUAUAUUGACGCUAUGAGAAGUUAUACGUGA